AAAGAGUACAAAUGAUGCUUUAUGUAUGUCUUAACAUGAUGGUAACGGUCGAUACAUUGACAAAUCACCAUGUCAAUCAAUUGCGUAAGUGAAGAGUUUACGACCCUUAGCUAUAGAAGUUACAAACAUUUACAAUCGGAGACAUCGUGAUGGCUGGCAAUGUGCAUUGAAAAGAAUGAAUAUUAUUCAAAUGUCGAUUCCUAAACUGAUAAUAUCUCAUUGGCAAUCACUCAAUAUUUAUCAUCAGGAUCAAUCAGGAAAUAAGAAAGAGAAACUUCUUGAAAUACUUCACACUGAGAAUUCUAUAUUGUAUUGACUAUAUAAUAUUGAAUAAAACUAAUAAUAUUAAUGGCCACUUCUACUUAUCGAACUUCUUCGCAAUAAUCAAUAAAUUUAAAAUGAAAUAUUGAUCAGAUACAUUAAAUUAUAUUCAUAAUACUCAUAUCAUACAUUUGAAAUUAUGUCCACAUCAAUGUCAGAUUGUUUUUUUAUUAGUACACUUCCAGAGUAUAUUCUUGAUCGAAAAGUGAUUAUAAACAAUAGUCAUAUUCAUUCUAUAAGUGGAUAUAAACUUGCUAAAGCAAGUACAUUUUUUAAAGAUGAACUUAUUAAAUUACGUCAAUUUGAAUUAGUAAAUUAUCAUUAUAGAAUAAGAAAGAAAAUAAUUAAAAAACAAUAUUCAUUACAACUUAAAAGUUUGUCUAAUUUACAAUUUCAACCACUUAUACUUAAUUAUUCAAAUAUUUAUGCAUUAGAAUGUUUAUUAUCAUUUUAUCAUUGUAAUAAUGAAACUCGUUUUAAUUUAUUAAAUAAUUAUAUUAAACCAUCUACUAUUAAUUUAUUAUUAAAAGUAGGAUUAUAUUAUAAUACAUUAGAAUUUAUAAAUUAUUGUAUUGAAAUAGUUGAAAAUAAAAUAAAUAUAAAAAAUUGUUUAAAUUAUUGGAUUAAUUCUGAAAAAUUAUUAAAUCAAUUUCCAAAAUAUCAAUUAAUUACUUUUAAUUAUUUAUUAAUUAAUUUUAUUGAAAUUAGUCAAUAUGAAGAAUUUUUAAAUAUAAAUUUAAUUGAAUUUAAAAAAUUAUUAAUAGAAGAUUCACUUAAUAUAUCAAAUGAAAAAUAUUUAUUUGAUCUUAUUAUAAAAUGGAUUAAUUAUAAAUUAAUAGAAAGACAACUAUAUAUUUAUGAUUUAUUAGCAUGUUUAAGAUUGGGUAGAUUAUCACAUGAAUAUUUAGAUUAUUUAUCACAACAUUCAUUAGUACAAACAAUGUGGAAUUCAUGUAAUCAUUUAAUACUUAUAGCACGUUAUUCUAAUAUAGAAUUAAUUCCACAUUUUAAUAAUAUAUUAACUUCUAAAUUAAGAGAUGUAAAUGAACUUUUUACAUAUCUUCAUAAACCACGUCUUCCUCAUACUGCAAUAUUUGUAAUUGGUGGAUGGGAAGGAAGUCAACAAGAUUCUUAUUUCGGUCCAUCUAAAGUAAUUCAAGUGUAUAAUUCACGAGUUGAUACUUGGCGUCGUAUAGAUGCUGAUAAUUUAACUCUUAAUGUGGGUCACGCCUAUUCUGCUUGUGUUUUACAUAAAACACGAAUUUAUAUUGUAGGUGGUUAUGUGCCUAGUGGGCCAACUCAAACUCUUAAAGUUUUUGAAUUAACCAAUCUUACAUGGAAGAUUUUAUCACCAAUGCAUGAAAAAAGAAAUUAUGUGUGUGCAUGUAGUUUAAACAAUUAUAUAUAUGCUAUCGGUGGACAUAAUGGCAAACUUCGACUAAGCUCAGUUGAACGGUAUGAUAUAGAACAAAAACAAUGGUUUUUUGUUUCACCAAUGCAUCAAGUUCGUAGUGACGCUGGAGCUCAUUCAUUUUCAGGGUGUAUAUAUGUUGUCGGAGGUUUUGAUGGUGAGAAUUUUCAUAACUCUGUAGAAAUGUAUGAUCCCCGUACUGAUCAGUGGUCAAUAAUAGCUCCAAUGAAUAGUAUUCGAAGUGGUGUUAGUGUUAUUGUAUAUGGUCAGUAUUUGUAUUCUAUCGGUGGGAACGAUGGACGUCAAAGACUACGAACAGUAGAACGAUAUAAUCCGGAUACAAAUCGAUGGCAAAUGGUGCCUUCAAUGAUGCAUAAAAGAAGUAAUUGUUGUGUUACUACAUUAGACGACAUGAUAUAUGUUAUCGGAGGUUGGAGUGAUGAAACCAAUUCAACAAUCUCUUCAGUUGAACGAUGGUCUCCGAAUUCUUCUGAUCAUUGGGAACCUGCAAGAGAAUUACACAUCCCAACAAGUGGGAAUUGUUGUUGCACUGUGACUGGGAUAAAUUUAUUAUUAAACUUCAUAUGAAAGUGAACAGAGUAUUAAAUGUUUAUGUUUAGCCAUAAUAUUUUUAACAUGGCUUGAUAAACAGAUAGUAGAAGAAAAUG